GCUCUAUCAACACUAAAUAUCUCUUGACUGCACAUUUAAUUUGUCAAUUCAAUAUGUGUACAGUAUAGUUAAUUGUCGAUUGAAGACGUCGCAUCCGGUUAAGAUUAAUGUUACGAAGGUGUAACGUCAUGAGAGAGUUUCGACCCUUGAACUUCCUGAAACUUGUGACGCAAAUAUAAAGCCUGCGAGGGAAAGUUUGCACGUUCUUUGCAGGUUGUUGACAUUUCAGUCUGUUUUAUUUCGACUGGUCCUAUUUGUGUCUUGCAGUUUUUUAAUUUGAAACUAACGGAGGUCUUAGUAAAACAAUGAAUGUUCAAAAGUAUUUGGCACGUAUCGGCUGUUCUGGUCCAUCGUCUCCGACAUUGGACACAUUGCGGAGCGUUCACCUCAAUCAUUUAUACACGGUGCCCUUUGAAAACCUCACUAUUCAUAUCGGAGAACGGGUCAGGCUUGAACUGCCACAUCUUUAUGAAAAAAUCGUGUCCAUGCGCCGUGGAGGGUUCUGCUUUGAAAUGAAUGGACUCUUUUCUUGGCUGCUGUCUCAGUUGGGCUUUGACGUGACUAUUCUCUCCGGACAGGUGAGGAAUCGGUUCACCGGUGUUUACGGACCUCCCUUUGACCAUUUUAUUACAAUGGUGAAGCUGAAUGGGCAUAGAUGGCUCUGUGACGUAGGGUUUGGUUCAGGAUUCCAGCUUCCUCUGUCUCUUGAGACAGACAGUCCCCAAGUACAGAGCCAUGGGGUGUAUCGGCUUAGAUCUCAGGGAAAAUAUAUUUUCAUGGAAAUGAACUCUGAGACUGAGGUACCAGUGAGUCCAGAAGUCUAUUGUUGGAAGGAACUGUACAAAUUCACCCUGGAACCCCGUGAAAGAGAUGAUUUCAAAGCCAUGUGUGAAUACCAUCAGACUUCUGCAAGCUCACUUUUCUUCUGUAAGUCACUCUGUUCACUCUUAUUGCCCACUGGAAGAAUUACAAUCAUGGGCCGCAAGUUGACUGUUACCAGCUUGGCCUCAAAGGACCAAGAGCACACUACAAAAACCAAAGAAGAACUUUCAGAUGACGAAAUCACUGAGAUUCUGAGGGAGAGGUUCGGAAUUGUUCUUCCAUCUCCACUCACUCCAAAAGAUGUUGAAAUCACGCCACCACCAGCUAUUUAUUAACAAAUUGACAUGAUAAUUAUACUUGUACAAAUUGAUAUUGAAAUACUUGAUAUAAGCAAGGAAACGUUUAAAUCAAAUGUAUGUUACGUAUGAAAUUAAUCUGCACUGUAUGUCUAAAUCAUUAUUUAACACAUUGUUAAUUGAAUGCUGUUAAAUUGUUUGAUUUUAUACUGAUGUGCUGUUUUAUUAUUAACACUAAAUAAAGCAAAUAUAUAUAUUUUAA